UGUCAGUUUUUGUCAUAAUUACACGGUCAAAAGUAAACAAUCACAAACGGUAGAUACAUAAAGUGCGCAAUCAGAAAUUAAUUUAAAUGAUAUAUUUAACUGUUUAAAACUGUGUGGUAUACCGGUGUGGUUACUAUCAUGGAAAAUAUUUGUUGUAUAUGUGGGAAAACGAAAUGUUCCUAUAAAUGUCCUGUAUGUGAAGAAGCUUAUUGUUCCAUAGGUUGCUGUAAGGAGCAUAAACUAAAUAAUUGUCAAUCAACGAAGUCUCAGGAGAACAAAGUUAUAGAAGAUACGAAGAAUAAAACUAAUUAUGAAUUUCCAACAGACGACACAGUUCCCAUUGAAAAAUUAAAGCUGUUACAUCAUAGCGAAGAAUUGAAGAACAGCUUAAAGAAUCCACAUGUACGAAAUAUAAUGCGUGCAAUUUUAAAAGAUAAGAAUCCAACAAGAGCUAUAGCUUUAGCUAUGACCGAACCAAUAUUCGUAGAAAUGGCAGAUGCUUGUUUGAAAGUUGUUGAACCUGAAGUUGAUAACGAAUCAUGUUAAUAUAUAUAUAGAUCUAUAUCACAUUAGAACACGUACGAGGAGAUUACAAUAAAAUAUUUUUAUAUUUUUAUCUUUUGUAUCUAUAUAAUCGGUAAUAUAUUUCUUUUAGAAAAUUCUUUCUUUAGCUUAAGUAGCAUUAUAGUUAAUCAAAUGAAUUUUUAAAUUGUUAUAAAUAGACACAAAAUAACAUAAAUGUCUGAUUAUAUUUUGUAUAAAAACAUUUAUUAAAAAAUCAAUGUAAAACUUGCAUUAAUUAAACAUAAAAUGAUAAUAACUGA